CUUUGGUUCCUACUUCAAGUUGCAGUUGGUGAGAAGCAACUGCCGAGAUUUCCAGUCGACCGCAGUAGAAAGUUUAUGACCAUUGAUCGCAAUGUUGUCGUAAAGGUCAUGCAGUCGAAAUGUAGUCGCAAGUCGGACAAGUUUUAUACACUUUCAAAGGCGGUGACAGACAUUGAUAAAAGUGAUCCGCUCGAACGCACCCUAUGUUUUCAAACGUAGGCGUCUCCAGAGCGGUGCGUUGUUGACAGACGUGCGGAAGAGCCAAGGGCGCGACUCGCUAACCCAAAUAUCCUAUCACGCACCAAUGGCGUCUGGGGGAGGGAGGGUCUUUCUUUCUGUAGUCUCUGAUUGAAUCAGUCCAGUUUCAAUUAGUUCCAUAUACAAACUACGGCACAUCAGGAAGAAAGAAAAUAUAUUUGGACGCUUAGACUGCCCCUCUGGAUAUACUGGCGACGUUCAGCAAAAGGAACCAAGAAGAAACCGGAGAACGUAAUUACUAAUGUAGGCUAGUACUUGUGUGCUGUUGUUCAGUGUACCUAUAGGCUCCAUCCAUACUGUGGCGAAUCAGUUUUUAACUGCGCAUAGAUGCCUACGCCGAAUGUUGUCAAGGAGGGCAUACAUUGUUUGAAUGAAGGGAUACUAUUUUUGUUUUGAUGCCAGGGCAACCUCAAUAAGCGUUGUAAUACCCGCAAUGGAAAACUGUUCAUGGUAUCGCGCUUUCAUGUGAAGAGCCUUGCGCACUGCAGUAAAAGCAGGGCUGUCUUAUUUUGGAUUGCGAAUUGGAUUGGGAUAUCGAAUAUGUGUUGGCUGGAGCAUUGCCUAACCCACUGGGCGCACACUAGUUGAAUCAACGUUGUUUCCAUGUAAUUUCAAUGAAAUUACGUUGAACCAAGGUGUAAUAGACGUUGAAUUGACGUCUAUGCCCAUUGAGAAUGAUUUAACAUUCGAUUCGGUUGGUGUACCAAUUCCCACCAGAGAUAUUCAAUAACCAUACAUCUUUGCCGAUUGUAAAUGUUAUAAGUUUUCGCCCAGUGGUCAGAGCUACUCACUCCUAGGUUACAGAUGAGAGGGAAACAAUACCAUCGACAACUGAAGUUGACAGCGCCUUGGGAGAAUGAUGUUGGCUACUGGAGAAAGCUCAAAACCCACAGGAACCAUACCAAGAUAAUAGCUCAGCCCGGCAUCGUGAUGAAGGUGCUACGCAGAAAGCGGAUUGUGUUGUUUAUAGCCUAUUUCUUUCUGCUAGUGCUGACCAUGCUGAACUUGGCCAAUUACAAAUGGACUAAAGUGCCCCAGCAGUGCAAUCACCAGCUGAGGAGUGCUUCCUAUCAAGGCAGGUCAGACAUCAGGUUCCUCUACAGACCCUCUCUGGCCAAGAAGAGACAGUUGGUCUAUGUUCUGACCACAUGGAGGUCUGGGUCCUCCUUUUUCGGGGAGCUGUUUAACCAACAUCCCGAAGUCUUUUUCCUCUAUGAACCCAUGUGGCACAUUUGGCAGAAGCUGUACCCGGGAGACGCUGUGUCUUUGCAAGGAGCAGCCAGGGACAUGCUCAGCUCUUUAUACCGCUGUGAUCUCUCUGUGUUCCAGCUGUACAACAGCCCAGGGGGAAAGAACUUUACCUCCCUAGGACUCUUUGGGGCCUCCCUGAAUAAGGUGGUGUGCUCCUACCCCCUCUGCUCCGCCUACAGGAAAGAGGUGGUAGGGAUGGUGGACGACAAGGUGUGUAAAAAGUGUCCACCUCAAAGCCUUAGACUACUGGAGGAGGAGUGCCUCAAAUACAGCACUAUCGUUAUUAAAGGGGUGCGUAUCCUGGACGUUAACGUUCUAGCCCCCCUCAUGGAGGACCCGUCGUUGGACGUGAAGGUAGUCCACCUGGUCAGGGACCCCCGGGCCGUGGCCAACUCCAGGAUCAAGUCCAGACACGGGCUGAUCCGGGAGAACCUGCAGGUGGUCCGGAGCAGGGACCCUAAGCUCCGCAGAAUCCCCUUCGUAGACCCCAACCACAAAGCCAACAAGAAGGACGGCUCGGACUACCACUCCAUCGGAGCCAUGGAGGUAAUCUGUGAGCGCACCUCCAGGACCCUGAGGACUGCCUUAAACCCUCCCAGUUGGCUCAAAGGGAAGUACAUGGCCGUGCGCUAUGAGGACCUGGUGGAGAACCCUGUGAAGAUCCUGAGGAACAUCUACCGCUUCGCCAACCUCACCACCAACCAUGACAUUGAGUCGUUUGCUCUGAACAUGACAGGUGGGUCUAGUUCGUCCUCCAAGCCGUUCAUCGUGUCCUCCAGGAACGCCACUCAGGCUGCCAGUGCAUGGAGAACAGUGCUCAGCAUCCAGCAGAUCAAACAGGUGGAGGACUACUGUCAUCACUCCAUGGCUGUCCUGGGCUACGACAGGGUCAGAACGGCCGGGGAGGCCAAGGACCUCAGUAAGUCUUUACUGACCGUCUCCAAACUGUGACAGAAAAACACCAUUUUUGUUUCUCUCCCAUUUUCCACCAAAGACAGUGAAUUUUAAUGUACAUUUUGCAUCUAGUGCCGUUUCAGUUAAUCGUGGAAAUUAAAACGGGUUGAAUCAGUGUUUUUGAGGAGAUCUACUUUUUUGGCCACAUUGGAACGUAUCUUAUUUUGUAUUUUUCAGUUAAAUAGCAGACAGAAUUUAUUUUGACAUAACAACUGGAUGUUAUUGACAAAGCAAGAAAGCCUAUGAACAAUGACUUGAAUAUUACAACUACAACUACGGAAACAAGCACUGUAUGAUUCAUGUAUAUUGUUAAGAAAACACUUCAAACAUUUUAAUUUUGAAUGUUCCAAAACCUGAGAAAAUACUUUGUUUUUCCAGUAUCCAUACUGUCUGUAAAAGUGAGAGAAGAAAUUGCACACAAAAAAAAAAAGCAUUAAUACAUAAAAAAUGUAAUUGUUUGAGCAGGUUAUGUUACGUUUGUGAUUACUGGAUGGAUUCAGAGACAAUCAUUAAACUGGUCUGUUAUAACUAUAA